CGCAACCAAUCUUCGACGCAACCCUGCAAAGACUGAAUGUGGAGCGAGGCUGGGAGUGGGAGGGAGGACUUGGAAGCAAAACAUGGCGAAAUAACAACUUUGGCUGUUAGACGCAGUUCGAAGCUGUCAUUAUAUACCGCAGUGUUGGAAUUACACCUACAAGUGCUCAAAUCUGGAUGAUACCAGGACAACGAUACGCGUAACUUUAAAGAGUCGAGGCCCAGUUUAGAUUAACGGGGGCUGGUCCAGAACACACCACCCGCCUGUCUGCUUGUGUUUUUCCUGGAAGGCUGGCACCGCUGGGCGCGACUGUCAACACAGAACAUGGAAGAAGAAGGAAAGUUGAUUCGAGAGACUAUUUAGCUGCUGCCUUAGCCGCCAUAGCUAACCAGUCAGAGCUGAUUUGAUUGCGCGCACCUGCCUCUCCGCGGACUGUCAUGUUGUAAAUUUGUGAUUAUUUAACAAGUUUGACAACUGCCGCAUUGUAGAAAAGCUCAAGUAACAAUACAAUCGGUUGAUAUUUACUUGAACAUAAUGGUGUCAGUUUGAUAGGCGGUUCUGUUGCGGUGCGGACGGACCCAGACGCCAUCACAUCAGACAUUACGUGCUCCCAAAAAAAACACUGCGUUUCUUGGCUGAAUGUUUUUUUUUCUUAUACCGCCAUCAACCAGUGGACCUGGUUCUAUUUAGUUGUUUUAUUUGCUCUACCGAAUGCAGCAUUUUCCUUGAUAACGUCAAUUGGAAUGUUAUUCGCCAUCAAAGACGCUGCGUCUUGCCAAAAUGAAGGCAGCAAGGUGUUGAACGGUGGAUGUGAACCUCUUUGAAAGCUACCCGCUCAUCGACCGAUCAGCAGUAAAAGUUUGUUGAAAUCUCUUUGAAGCUGAAUGUGUUUUAUCUCGAUUUUUUUGUAGACUACAGUUGAGGCGAGCUAGCCAGCUGGGAGCUUGUAACUGCGAUGUCUUUGCUUAUCGAAGUGCUACCGCCUUUUCCCUAACAAUUUCAGCAAACUGGACUGCCUAUUUAUAGCCAUUCAUGCUACAUAAGCCCAUUUGAGCUCACCAAAGGUGCCAUCUACAUCUCCCCCCCCGAAGUGCUUGUUGAGAAAAAAAACCUGGCUAACUUGUUAAGCUAACGCUCCAAGUUUUGGCCAGCCAUGUCUGAAAACGCCCCCACGCGAAGCCUGGAUGACAUCGACCUGGCGGCUCUGAGGGAUCCAGCAGGAAUCUUCGAGCUGGUUGAGGUUGUUGGCAAUGGGACAUAUGGUCAGGUGUACAAGGGCCGCCAUGUGAAAACGGGCCAGCUGGCGGCCAUCAAGGUGAUGGAUGUUACAGAGGAAGAAGAGGAGGAGAUCAAAGCCGAAAUCAACAUGCUGAAAAAAUACAGCCACCACCGCAACAUAGCCACGUAUUAUGGUGCCUUCGUCAAGAAGAGCCCACCAGGACACGAUGACCAGCUUUGGUUGGUGAUGGAGUUCUGCGGGGCGGGCUCAGUGACUGACUUGGUGAAAAACACAAAGGGCAGCUCACUGAAGGAGGACUGGAUUGCAUACAUCUGCAGAGAGAUUCUAAGGGGCCUUUCCCAUCUUCACACUCAUAAAGUCAUCCACAGAGACAUCAAGGGCCAAAAUGUACUGCUCACAGAGAAUGCUGAGGUCAAACUUGUUGAUUUCGGAGUCAGCGCUCAGCUGGACAGGACCGUGGGGCGUAGAAACACUUUCAUCGGCACACCUUACUGGAUGGCACCAGAAGUCAUUGCCUGCGAUGAAAACCCAGACUCUACCUACGACUACAGGAGUGAUAUUUGGUCCUUGGGAAUCACUGCCAUCGAAAUGGCCGAAGGAGCACCUCCACUGUGUGACAUGCAUCCAAUGAGAGCCCUCUUCCUUAUUCCCAGGAAUCCCCCUCCUAAACUCAAAUCUAAAAAGUGGUCGAAGAAAUUUAUUGAUUUUAUUGAGGCCUGUCUUGUGAAGACAUACCCCAGUCGACCAUCCACAGAGCAGCUGCUCAAGCACUCCUUCAUCAGGGACCAGCCUACCGAGCGGCAGGUCAGGAUUCAGCUCAAAGACCAUAUUGACCGGACGCGCAAAAAAAGGGGGGAGAAGGAAGAGACAGAGUACGAGUACAGUGGUAGCGAUGAAGAGGAUGAAAAUCGUAGCGAUGACAGAGAGUCAAGCUCAAUCCUCAAUGUGCCUGGGGAGUCCACCUUGCGCCGUGACUUCCAACGUCUCCAGCAGGAGAACAAGGAGCGCUCGGAGGCCCACAAGAGGCAACAGGCACAAUUGGCCGCUCAACGCAGGGACCCUGAGGAACACAAGAGGCAACUUCUGCACGACAGGCAGAAACGCAUCGAAGAGCAAAAAGAGCAGCGUCGGCGCCUGGAAGAGCAACAGAGAAAGGAGCGAGAGAUGGUGAGGCAGCAAGAAAAAGGUCCCCAUCGGAGACUUGACGAUAUGAGACGGGAGGAAGAUAGAAGGUUGGCUGAAAGAGAGCAGGAGUUUAUCAGGCAUAAGUUAGAAGAAGAACAGCGGCAGCUAGAAAUCCUUCAGCAGCAGCUGCUUCAGGAGCAGGCACUGCUUAUGGAGUAUAAGCGUAAACAGCUGGAGGAACAGCGUCAGUCCGAGCGGCUGCAGAGGCAGUUACAACAGGAGCAUGCUUACCUAGUGUCUCUGCAGCAACAGCAGCAGGAAAAGAAGCCACAGCUCUACCACUAUAACAAGAACUUGGAGCCCAACAACAAACCCACAUGGGCCCGGGAGGUGGAGGAGCGAAGUAAGCUCAACAGACAAGGCUCUCCCAAAAUCUGUACCACUGUCUCUGAUACGGCCAUCCAGUCACGCUCAGACUCAAUCAGCCAGUCUGGAGUGGCCCAGUCUGCUCAGACCCCUCCAAUGCAGAGACCUGUUGAACCACAAGGGGGGCAGGGCAAGUUCCAGAUGGCUCAUUUGGUUCCAUUAAAACCUUAUGCUGCUCCUGUUCCACGCUCCCAGUCUCUCUGUGACCAGCCCACUAAGACCAUGUCCGCAUUCCCCACCCAGGACCCCUCCCUCACCCCCACACCGCGAUCCAUCCACUCCAGAGAGCUAGUGCGUCAGAACUCAGAUCCCACAUCUGAGACCCCUGCACCACAGGUGCACCAAAUCAGGGAGGAGCGUGGGCCCUGGAUCCGCUUACCAGAUGUGGAACUCCCACCCAAGAUUCCCCAGAGGACAGCGUCAAUUGCCACCGCUCUCAACACCAACCUGACCUCUGGCAUUCGCCAUCCAGUGAGAGCCAGCAAUCCAGAUCUCAGCCGAAAUGAUCGCUGGGAGAGAGGAGACAGUAUGGCCAUCAUAUCUAAUCUUCCACAAACGGGCUCCUUAGAGAGGCAUCGUAUCCUUAGUUCCUCCAAAAUGGAUUCUCCCAUUCUCUCCAAUGAUAGUCGUCAUAAGCCAGGGGAGUCUCGCACCUCAUCUCGCCCGGGCCGUCCAGCUAGUUACAAGAGAGCAAUAGGAGAGGACCAUGGGCUUUUUGCCAAAGAGCGUGCUGAGGAGCAGCCGAGGCCCCCAGUCAAGGCAAAUGACUACUCCUCCUCCUCGGAGAGCAGCGAGAGUAGUGAGGAGAGCGAAAGUGGGGAGGGAGUGGAGGAGGAGGAGAGCCCCACCGAUCGUCACAGGGAUGCAGACACUGAUUCUGUCAAUACUAUGGUGGUUCAUGAAGAUGAGGGCGAGGAGGGAGAAGGAGAGCAGGCCGGAGGAUAUGGAGAUCAGACAAUGUUGGUGCAGAGGACCCCAGAGAAGCGGAGCCACAAUGGAUACACUAACUUGCCAGAUGUGGUGCAGCCCUCUCACUCCCCCACUGAUUCCACCACACACUCUUCCCCUGGGAAGGAUUCUGUGUAUGAUUAUCAGUCCAGAUGUUUGGUUAAGGCACCUGGCAAAUCCUCCUUCACAACAUUUGUGGAUCUUGGAAUGUACCAGACACCAGGAGGUACCGUGGAUAACAUCUCUGUUAGCAGCUCAAGAUUUGAGCAGCUAAAGAUGGAGGUGAGGAAAGGUUCCAUGGUGAAUGUAAAUCCCACCAACACUCGCCCCCCCAAUGACACACCUGAAAUCCGAAAGUACAAGAAGAGGUUUAACUCAGAGAUCCUAUGUGCUGCGCUCUGGGGUGUGAACCUGUUGGUGGGCACUGAGAAUGGUUUGAAGUUGCUGGACCGCAGUGGACAGGGCAAAGUCUAUCCACUCAUCAACUCUCGCAGGUUCCAACAGAUGGACGUUCUGGAGGGCCUUAACCUGCUUAUCACCAUUUCGGGCAAGAAAAACAAGGUCCGUGUUUACUACCUGGCCUGGCUCAGGAACAAGAUCCUCCACAAUGACCCUGAAGUGGAGAAGAAGCAAGGCUGGACCACUGUGGGUGAAAUGGAGGGCUGUGUGCACUACAAAGUUGUGAAAUAUGAGAGGAUAAAGUUCCUGGUGAUUGCUUUGAAGAAUGCAGUGGAAGUGUAUGCUUGGGCACCCAAGCCUUAUCACAAAUUCAUGGCCUUUAAGUCUUUUGCAGACCUGCCACACAGGCCUGUCCUUGUCGAUCUGACUGUGGAAGAGGGUCAGAGGUUGAAGGUCAUCUAUGGUUCCUGUGCUGGCUUUCAUGCCAUCGAUGUUGACUCUGGGAACAACUACGACAUUUACAUCCCGGUUCAUAUCCAGAGCCACAUAACACCACACGCUAUUGUGUUCCUGCCAAGUUCAGACGGCAUGGAGAUGCUUUUGUGCUACGAGGAUGAGGGCGUCUAUGUCAACACGUAUGGACGCAUCAUUAAAGACGUGGUUCUGCAGUGGGGUGAAAUGCCGACAUCUGUUGCUCAUAUUUGCUCAAAUCAGAUCAUGGGUUGGGGAGAAAAAGCCAUUGAGAUCCGUUCUGUGGAGACUGGACACCUGGAUGGCGUCUUCAUGCACAAGAGAGCUCAGAGGCUUAAGUUCCUUUGCGAGAGGAACGACAAGGUAUUCUUUGCCUCAGUGCGGUCGGGAGGCAGCAGCCAGGUGUACUUCAUGACCUUGAACAGAAACUGCAUCAUGAACUGGUGAAGGAACAGCUGUCCUGCUCUUUGUGGAAGCAGCAGGAUUUGGAGAUGGGAGUGCAUCCAACAUUAUCUCACGCACACAUGCGAGCAUGCUCGUUCCCGGUAGUUUACACACACACACACACACACACACACACACACACACACACACACAAGAUAAAUGCGCAUGCACAUGUUGUCUGAUAGACUUGCACACGUCUACUCCAGCCUAUACUCCCAUCAGAUCAUUUUGAGCCCGCCCCCAAUAACAUUUGCCACUGUAUCCACAAGUAAAUUUGUCUAUAGCAUUUAUUAGUUCCUACUGUAUAUAUUCCUGUCUUGACUUCCUUUUCUUGGUGGACCCGUGCUCAGUCGUAACAAUUUAGUUUGUGAAGUGCAUUCCUAGAUGGUUCUCCAGUUACAGAAGGAGCUAUUUACCAAUCCUGUAUGUUCAAGCUGUAAAUAGCACCAGUCACUUAGAACUGAAUCAUCUGCAGCCUACAUUUGUCGUGUUGCCACAGGAUGCAGUCACUGAAAGUGUUGGCACACCCAUCUGCUGUGGCUUAUGGCUCCCAGUUGUUUUGGGGAUCCGUAGAAUUUCCAUGGAGGCUUAGUACUUUCAUGCAAAAAGGGAACAUUGGGGCCAGCUUGUCCAAAAGUGAGAGCGUAUCUGGGACCUAUGCUUUUGCUCAUCUCUGUCGCAGCAGUUUAAAAUAUUUGUAACAGAGCAGUACUUCAUAGCGGUACUGUGAAACUCCUCGCUUUGUCUUUUUCCUUCAGUUGAGGCGAACCAGUUACCUGUCUCGUCACACUUGUACCUAACAUUUUUUUCAUGGAUUUACAACAAAUUUGAUAUUUAUAUGUAGUGCUUCUGUAUGAGUAUUAGCCUACUGGUAUUCUUGAUUUUGCUCUACUGUAAUUAUAUUGCCAUAAUAUUGCAAUAUAUGCUGUUCUUGUGCAGUCUGUGGAGGAGAGGAGACUUUGUUAGUGUCUGUGGCUGUAACCAAUGUGAUGAUUUAACUUAGGAGGCGCGCGGCGAUCUCCUCUACUGUAAAAUACUCCACUUGUGUUUUCCUAGUGUGGAUCUGUCAUGAGCCGUAGCUCACCACAGAUCAUACAGUGGAACCUCAGUUUUCGUCACCAAUCUGUUCCUAAAAGAUCAGAUGAAAACCAAAUAUGUUUAGCAAAUCCAAUAAAUCAAUUCCAGACACCCCAAAAUAUGACCACAAAACGCCUUAAAUCUUAUUUAUCAUCACUUUCACCAUCUUGUUGGUGAACACAGAUGAGUGAAUGGAGGAGGUGUGAACUUGAGCAGCAGGCACAAUAAUCAUCACACCUCACUUUCUGUUAUGUGUCUCACUCAAACGGUUCCCCCUGCAACCUGUGUUAACUAGGAACUUUUACAUUAAAACCCUAUACUACUUUGCUAUGAGUAUGAUGCACAUAUAUAUUAAUCUUAUUCAAGGAUACUUUGUCUGGAAUCUGUUUAUAGUGUCCCAACUCGAAAAUAGCCAAUAUCCAAUAUGUGGAUGCUUUGUUUGGGCACUAGAUUCCACAGAACGAUAUAUACUGACAAAUGGAUGAAUUUGUUAGGCCGUACGAAUUUUUGUGGAAAACUGAGGUACCACUGUAUUUCCCUUGGGCCCAUAGAAAGACGAGGAUGGCGUCCCAUCAGGGUGGAUAUCAUUUCUGUGUAAACAUUCUACCAAAGCCAUUAGAAGACACUGCAACAUGGGGGAGAAUACAGGCCAAAGGGAGGACAAGAUGCACAUCCCCCAGAUAACCAACCAUGUGUAAUGACACUGGCAUAGAAACACUGCAGCAGGCGAAGGGUGUGGAAUUAUGAGUUUUUGACAGCUGAUCUCUGACACCCAAAAAGUUGCAGCAGUACUGCAGUUAGCUGUUUAGAUAGCAGGGAUUUGUUGAUGUCUAAAGGAUGGAGUUGUUGCUUGUGUGUGCUCAAUGGGUCCAUCUGAUCCAAGGUGUUCCCUUAAGGUGAAGAGAUAUUUCUAUAUUGUCAAGGCAAAGUGGUUAGAUAUACAAAUGUACUUGUAAGCCAUUCAACUACAAUAUAUUAGCAUAUCAAACUUGUUUAGCUAUUGUGUUCCUAUUCUUGGCAUCUCUGACUGACAUUCCACGCAGGAUCAAUGGCACGUGUGAUUUUAUUCAUGUUUAUCAAUUAUAGCCAUGUUUACAGUUUAAGCAGUGCCUUGGAGUUGGAAGGAAGAAAAUCGAAUAAGAUGGGUUUAAAGCCCGCCCCCGUUUCAAAGAGGUAUAGUUUGUUCCCUUGAAUGAUUAACAUCUGCCUGUUAAAGUGCACUUAAUAAAUUUAAAAUGCGUCCAUAUUCCAAUGAUUUCAGUAUUGAUCAGUGACUAUUCAGAAAGUUGCAAUAACAAGGAAUCAAACUGUCCCGUUACUCCUAUACGUGUGAAAUGUUUCGUGAUGUCUGCUUGUAGAUUGGCUCUACUCUUCAAUAUCAGCGGUAUAGUGGGGGGGUAGUAGCCGGACUAUAUCCAGAGAAGUCUAUUUUAUAAAAUAUAUAAAUGAGUCAAGAGAAAUAACCGUGAAUGUACUUCUAUCUAAGAGAGAUUUGUAUUUAUAUAUCAAUGUGUGCCGCUCCUAUUAGUCAAAGCACAAUGUAGAGCAGUGUAUUUUCAGUGUUGGUCAUCAGGUAGGAGGUAGUAGACCCGCAUCCGCAUUUCUCGUCUUAUAUCCCAAAGUGGGAUCAGACCUCUCGAGUUCCUCCGCACCGAGCAGUCUGUCAUGCUGGAACAGAAAGGUUGGAAGAAUGAGAUGGUUCAAAAAGGUCCCCUUGAUUGACACAUUGGUUUAUAUCAGGGGUAGGGAACCUAUGGCUCGCAAGACAUUCCAUAAAAUGCGAUUGGCUAGCGGCAAGUCCAGGGUGUACCCCACCACUUAUAGGCUCCAGCAGCAUAAAAAAUGAAUGAAUGGAUUUUGAAGUCAAACAUUACAGAAAUCACAGUAUUAUUAUUAAAUAUCGUCAUGCAUAUUAAUUCAUCCAUUAAUUUGCUACCACCAGUGGCCAGAGCCAGUGCUAGCUAUAUCCUUCCCAUAUUUUGCAGCAAAGACACCAAAACUCCAUUAUUAUUGGAUAUUGCGGUAGCCUGACCAUGUCUACCAGAGGUCAGGAAGUAACCUUCCCUCCUUUAAUCACUCAGUGAGCCCAUUUUGUCGAGCAAACCCUUCUGAUGGAGAAUAUAGCGCAAAAAAGUAAGAAGUAAUGGAUUUAUUAUUGGGUGGCUACAAUAUUCAUUCAUUUUCUACCGCUUAUCCUCAUGAGGGUCGCAGACAUGCUGGAGCCUAUCCCAGCAGUCUUCGGGUGAGAAGCGGGGUACACCCUGGACUGGUCGCCAGUCAAUCACAGGGCACAUAUAGACAACCAUUGACACCACACUCACUAUAACAAUAUUAUUAAAGAAUAUUAUAUGGCUCUGAUGGAAGUACAUUUUAAAAUAUGUGGCUUUCAUGGCUCUCGGCUGAAAAGGUUCUCAACCCCUGGUUUAUAGGUUGGUUUUUCCCCAUGUAUUUUGUAUUAUCGGCUAUAUGCAAUAUAAUAAUUGAUGAGUUUUGUGAGUUGACCUUGUCAUUGGAGUCUGAUUGUUUGUGGAGCACCUUUUGAUGGCACAUAUAUAUACUAUCAUAGACAAUUGGACUCGAUUAGCUACAAUCAUGCAUUUCUAGUUGAAAAACAAACUAGCAUCACAUUCCUGUGUUGAAGUGCCCUAUAGUUCCUUCUUCUUCUGAAAGUGGCAUUGGUUGGUCAUGUCCUUCAGAGCCCUUCAAGGCUGACAUAGUGUGACCUUGAGGGUAGGACGUGAAUGUUCCUGAACAGGGCAGGAUGCACAAAGAGCUCUGUCAUAGAAAUAGAAAUGGUGUCUAACUUAUUUUGCAAGCAAUACAAGCAUCUCAGUACAUCUUAUAGAAAGAGAGUAUUUGGAGGCCUUUGGCAGCCUCAGCGAUGGCUGCUUUGUGAGUUUCCCAUGACGGAUAUUCCGGUUCUGUGCUUUUGCUUUUUGGUUGUAAUUAUGGGGUUACAGCUUUUCUCUGUUGGCGUAACACAAUCGGUAGCUGUGAUGCUCAUUCUGUUUUGCUUUUACGGAAUCCCAGAAUUUAUGAAGAAGAUCUAAAGUGAUAAUGGAAACUAAUCAUCAGCAGCAAUCACUAGCUGAAGCAAAUCAACUGUAGUGGAGACCAUUUGGACACUAAUAUAAUUUAUACAUAUAUCUAUUUUUUAAUGGCAUUGCAGUGUUUUAGUUGGGCAACGCUUCUUAUUUGUGAGAGGUUAACUCCAGAUUGUAUUUCAUAAGCUCUUUAAAACUUUCAAAAAGAUUGUGUUUCAAUGAAUUCUUGUCUAAUACAGAAAGGUUUGAAAAAUAAAAAGUCUUGAUUUCA